AAAUUAAACUAAUUCUCUCAAAAACACAGACUUUCUGUCUUCUUCUUCUUCACUUCCCUCUUCAUCUUCCCCAAUCUCUCUCUCUCUCUCCCCGGCCAUGAAAAUUGCGGGUUAGGGUUUCAGCAAAGCUCACCGACCUUUAUUGCAAUGGCGUCCUGUUCGUUACCGUUACCGGAGCUCACCUUUCUCUCGCCGCGGACGACUUCUAAGCGCCGGCUUUCUCUCUCCGGAGUUCCUCUCUCUAAAUUUCCGAUUUCCAGAUACCAGAGGUGCGGCCUCCGAUCGCGAAUCAGAGCGGCGAAAGAGGAAGGGGUGGUGGUGGUGGAAGAGAGGGAGGCGGAGUUGAUCAAGAAAGUGAAUGGCGUUAGUGGUAGUGGAUAUAGUUCGAAUGGCGCGGCGAACAAGUACUCGAAUGGAAGCGUGAGGGUGGUGGAGAGUGAGAAUGGGAGCUUGGUGAAGUAUGUGAAUGGGAAUGGGGCGGCGGAGGCCACGGUGGUGGAAGAGGUUGAGGUUUUGAAGUCCAAGGAGGAAGGGAGGCAGAGGAAGAUUGAGGAAAUUGGUAAGGAGGACGCGUGGUUUAAGCAAAGCGGGCUGCCAAAGGUUGAGGUUUCUGUUGCACCUGGUGGCCGUUGGAGUAGAUUCAAAACUUACUCGACAAUCCAGAGGACCUUGGAAAUAUGGGGAUUUGUUCUAUCUUUCCUCGUUAAGGCUUGGUGGAAUACUAAAAAAUUUGCUUAUCGAGGGGGAAUGACAGAGGAAAAGCAAACCUUAAGGCGUAAGGCGCUUGCCAAGUGGCUAAAGGAGAAUAUUCUGAGAUUGGGUCCAACAUUCAUCAAAAUUGGCCAGCAGUUCUCCACAAGGGUCGACAUUCUCGCUCAAGAAUAUGUUGACCAGUUGUCUGAACUUCAGGAUCAAGUUCCUCCUUUCCCAUCAGAAACAGCUGUAUCAAUCGUUGAAGAAGAGCUUGGAGCUCCUGUGAAUGCUAUCUUUGAUCGUUUUGACUAUGAACCAAUAGCUGCUGCUAGUCUUGGUCAGGUUCACCGUGCAAGGUUGAAGGGACAGGAAGUUGUUAUUAAAGUACAGAGGCCUGGACUCAAGGAUCUUUUCAAUAUUGAUCUUAAGAACCUGAGGGUAAUUGCAGAAUAUCUUCAGAAAAUUGACCCCAAGUCAGAUGGUGCGAAGAGGGAUUGGGUUGCUAUCUAUGAUGAGUGUGCUAAUGUGUUAUAUCAGGAGAUUGAUUACACAAAGGAAGCUGAUAAUGCUGAACUAUUUGCAAGUAACUUCAAGAAUAUGGAUUAUGUGAAAGUCCCAACAAUAGUACGGGAAUACACCACACCACAGGUUCUGACUAUGGAAUAUGUCCCUGGGAUCAAAAUAAACAAGAUACAAGCUUUGGAUCAAUUGGGAGUUGACCGGCAGAGGCUGGGACGGUACGCUGUUGAAUCAUACUUGGAACAAAUUCUGUCUCAUGGGUUUUUCCAUGCUGAUCCUCAUCCUGGAAAUAUUGCUGUGGAUGAUGUCAAUGGUGGAAGAUUGAUCUUUUAUGAUUUUGGAAUGAUGGGAAGCAUCAGUCCAAACAUUAGAGAAGGUUUGCUGGAAACAUUUUAUGGAGUUUAUGAGAAGGAUCCAGAUAAGGUCCUUCAGGCAAUGAUUCAAAUGGGUGUUCUUGUGCCUACUGGAGAUAUGACAGCUGUCAGACGAACAGCACAGUUCUUCCUUAGGAGUUUUGAAGAGCGUCUUGCUGCACAGAGAAAAGAGAGAGAAAUGGCAACAAAAGAACUUGGAUUUAAAAAGCCACUGAGCAAGGAGGAAAGGAUAAUGAAAAAGAAGGAAAGGCUGGCUGCAAUUGGGGAAGAUUUAUUAGCCAUUGCAGCAGACCAACCCUUCAGAUUCCCAGCGACAUUCACAUUCGUUGUAAGAGCAUUUUCAGUGUUGGAUGGAAUCGGGAAGGGUCUUGAUCCUCGAUUUGAUAUCACUGAGAUUGCCAAACCGUAUGCACUGGAAUUGCUAAAAUUUCGUGAAGCUGGAGUUGAAGUUGUUUGGAAGGACAUCAGAAAGCGAUGGGACAGGCAAUCUCAGGCAUUUUAUAACUUAUUUAGACAGGCAGACAGAGUUGAAAAGCUUGCUGAAAUUAUCCAAAGAUUGGAGCAAGGUGAUCUGAAGCUUAGAGUUCGGACUUUAGAAUCUGAGAGGGCAUUCCAGCGAGUUGCUACUGUCCAGAAGACUGUUGGAAAUGCUGUUGCUGCUGGAAGCCUGAUCAACCUCGCAACAAUCUUGUAUAUUAAUUCCAUUCGAGUGCCUGCCAUUGUAGCAUAUGUCGCUUGUGCAUUUUUUGGCGUUCAAGUUCUUAUUGGCAUCAUAAAGGUCAAAAAGUUUGAUGAACGGGAGCGGUUGAUAACAGGGACUGCUUAAUCAAUUGGAGAUCCAGCUCAUGCUUUUACGUGUCAACCUUCCAAUCCUUGAAGAAAGUUAGUAUAUGGAAAUCCUGGAUUGUUGUUGUUUUAUCAACGAUAUGAUCUAGCACUUCAAACUUGCAAGUUUCUGAUGAAUCUUUGAGAAGACGAAUGCUUUCGGACAAAAAUUGUCAUAUAAACACAAGAGUUAGAGUCUGAACCUCUAUUAGGUCAGGUGUACUGUUUUCAUUUUGUUGCUACAUUCCCAAAAUUAUAUUCCCAGAUGUAGUUGAUUGAAGAUGUGUCGUCAGUUUUCCGGUUGAUGACUGUAUACAGCAUCAUAUAGCCCUAAUGUAGAGGUCUUUGUAACAAUCUUGUAGCCGAGACUGACUCUUUGGUCCCCCAUCAAAAUUUGGCCUGGUGGGAUGUGCAUAAUUGUUGUAUAAUGUUGUAUUAUGUAGAUUUCU